AUGUUCCCAGCGCUAGGACAUCGCUGUCAAUACAACCGCCAAGUCAAGAAACGAGGGCGCAAAACUAAUCUGGCUAGGCGGAACGUCAGCGCUCGAUCUCGUUCAGAUGUGGGCUUUCAAGCAUCAGCUUCGCCCAUGGAGUCGGGGGUAUCCUCUGAACGAUUGACGGACAAUCAAGACGAUAUACAGGCAUCGCUACAACUGGCACCAUUGCAAGGUCUCGACGGCACGUCAGACCAGUCAAAUAAUGUCGAUAUCGACUUGGGACAAUUUCAGAUCAUUGGGAAAUCACCGCAGUUUGGGUUGGGGUUCGAUUCGUCGCACAUGCCCCAGACGGAUCCAUUGCUCUUCAGCGCCUUCCCAGCAUCUCCAAGCACAUCGGGUAGUCACCAGAGUCACCAGCUGGACUCAGCAUGUCGCUACCCUUGCCUCAACUCGCUCCUGCCUGCUUUAAAGGAUAUUCUCCCUCCAGCUACUACUUGCGACCUGCUGGAUAUUUUCUUCGCAGAGCCGGGCAUUUCUCUCUACUUCACUCACAGCCCUUAUGUUCUGUCAACGGUGCUACGAAAGAAAUGGGUUCUACAUCCGUCAAGACCGCGGUCAACUUCGCCUGCAUUGCUGGCGACUAUGUUGUGGUGUGUUGCGCACACUGCCGAUUCCCGGAUCUUUCACCUCCCUGGAUCACGGCAGCGAAUUGUCAACGACCUGUAUGGGGUAGCGAUGUCUCUUCUACGGAGAAGGGACAUGGAUAAUUGGCGACGGGUUCCUGGUGGCUGGCAGAUGGAAGAAGACUCCGCAACAAGCCUCGACACUGACAAAUUAAAAAAAUCUCGAAGAACUUUCAGUACUGGCCCUACGCCGUGUGUUGACGACGUACUUACGUUUCUCUUCUUGACGAUUGUCAUUUCUGGCGGCGAGUACAAGUCAGACUGCAUCAAGUGGUGGAACAAGACGGUGGGCCUGAUUCAACAUCUCGGACUACACAAAGAGCCUUCAACAUCGGGCCAGUCACAAGGUUCUGCCGAGGAACACGAAGAGCGUCGCCGGGUGUUCUGGCUUGCUUACACGGUGGAUAGACAUUUGGCGCUCUCACACAAUCGGCCGUUGGACAUUCUUGACGCCGAAUGUGAGGUUUUCAGCCCAUUGCCAGAAGGCUUGUGGCAGACCUUUGAUGUGCUUGACAUGGAAACCUUGCAGCUCCGCACUUAUGGCCCACCGAUGAAAAUAUCUGGAACCGGCUUCUUCGAAUAUUUUCUUCCCAUGAUGGCCAUUCUUGGAGAUAUCAUCGACUUCCGUCUACAGAAGUAUCAUCCACGCUUGAUUUCAAACAAUGAUGCUUCCCUUGAAGUAAUCAAAGCGAACCUCACUCUUUGUGAGCGCAGUCUUUGUGAGCUCUCGGACACAGAAAGUCUGUCUCACAGCCCUUCGGGUACAUCUUUGCAACGAAACACUGCGAAAAUGGUGGUUGCAUAUGCAGUAUACAUCAUUAAGGUUCUCUACGUUCUAGUCUACGGUAACUGGGAUGCAAUUACUAUGCUCGAAGACGAUGGAGACUGGAUCACCUCGUCUAGGUUCGCCGAAUGCUCUUCAAGCUCAAUUGCCGCGGCCCAGGCGAUCUCAGAUAUCCUCAGAGUCGAUCCAGAGCUAUCAUUUAUGCCUUAUCUGUUUGGAAUUUAUCUCUUCCAUGGCAGCUUUGUGCUAUUGCUUUUCGCAGAGCGGAUGUCUCGGAUUGGCCCUAACCCUUCCGUGGAGGAGGCGUGCGAGGUAAUUAUCCGAGCACACGAAGCCGCAAUUGUCACUUUGACAAUGAAGAAAACAUUUCGGAAAGCAUUUAGAUCCAUACUGUACAAUGCCCGACGGCCCGAACUGAGUGAGGCUGAACUGCAAACGCUACGAAAAGAGGUUUUAUCCACCUAUCGAUGGACAAUGGGCCACAGAGGACUUUGCUUGUGA